UAAAGGAAAAUGGAAAGAAAAGAAAAGAAGAGGAACGGAAUGAAGAAGAUGGUCAAAAGGAAAUGAUUUUUUCCUCAAUUUCUCAACGGCCAUGAAUCAGAAUUCCCGUUACCAACAACUCCUCCUUGCAGCUGAGCAUUGGGUUUGUUGUUAGAGAGAGAAACCAAGCUUUUAGAGAGAAAAAAUAAAGGGGAGGAAUUGAAAUUCGCUUUUUCCGGUCAAGUAAGUGAACGAUAGCGAUGAUGGAGGAUAUCAUCCUCAUCCUCGUCGUCUAAACUUUCCAUAAACACCAAGUUUGGCCGAUUUCAUGGUUGGAGGAAGGAGAACAGAAGAGAGAGAAACAAAUGGGGAAAAGCCUUGAUCUGGCCAAACUGGAGUUCAUUUGCGAGUGUGGUAGGUACCAGUAGACUCAGGAAGUGGAGGCACGUCUGUGGUAGUCGGUCGACAGUUGUCAGAGCUCCAGCAGCCACGCGUGGGCUCCACGCGCAACCUCGAGUGCCAGCGUCCACAGGGAUUAUAAAUCAGGCCAUGGAAGUUCUAGUCUCAAUAUUUGGAAAAAUUGGAGAGUGCCUUGUUGAGCCAAUUGGGCGUCAAUUUGGCUACUUUAUUCACUACCACAGGAAUGUAGAGACUCUCAAGGAGCAAGUUCAAAUACUAGAGGCAGCACGAGAAGAUAAAGAGGCAGCCAUAAAUACAGCAAAAAGAAAUGGUCAGGAUAUCAGAAAAGAGGUUCAGAACUGGACAUUGAGAGCUGAUGGAGCCAUUUCAGGGGCUACAAAAUUACUACAAGGUGUCGAGGAAAUGAGGUGCCUUGAUUUGAUUUCUCGUUAUCGGCUGGGAAGGAAAGCUGUAAAGAAAGCAAUAGCGAUUAAGGAGCUUAAAAAAGAUGGUGAGUUUCCUCAGGUUGGCAUGGAUGCUCCUCCUCCAGGGGUGCUUUCCAUGCCAUCUGAAGAUCUUGUGAUUUUUGAAAGCAGAAAAAAUUAUAUGUGGCAGAUCAUGGAGGCAUUGAAGGAUGAAAGAAAAAAUUUUAUUGGGAUACAUGGAAUGGGAGGGGUCGGUAAAACCACUCUAGUGAAAGAAAUUGCCAAAGAGGUUGAACAAGAUAAGCUCUUUGAUGCUGUUGUGAUGGCUGUAGUGUCACAGACUAUUUCAGUGAGAAGGAUUCAGGAGCAGAUAGCAGAAAUGUUGGGUUUGGAUUUCAAGCAGACAAUUACGGAAGAAGGAAGAGCAAGGUUGUUGACUGAUAGACUGAAGAAAGAGAAUAAAACCCUCAUUAUCUUGGAUGAUAUUUGGAAAGGACCUCAACUUGCAGACAUAGGCAUUCCAUUUGGUAGUGAUCAUAUGGGCUGUAAAAUUAUGAUCACGACACGACGUAAACAAGUGUGCAAUACAAUGGCCCCAACAAGUGUUGAUGCUAUAAAGAUCAUCCAGGUUGAUGUUCUAUCAGAACAAGAAUCCUGGAGCUUGCUUAAGAGGAAUGCCGGUGAUGCGAUUGAAUCGUCUCCCAAAAUGAAUUCGGUGGCAAAGGAGAUUUGCAAAGAAUGUGGAGGCUUACCCAUAGCGAUUGUAACAAUUGGGAGGGCAAUGAGAGGCAAAGAUUUGGAAGAAUGGAAAGAGGCAGCUCUAGAACUUAAGAAAGCUAAGCCUGUGAACAUUGAAGGCGUGAAUGAUAAAGUGUAUAACUGCCUUAAAUUAAGCUAUGAUUACCUGGAGGAUAAGGAAGCCAAGUUUAUGUUCCGGUUUUGCUGUUUAUUUCCUGAGGAUUUUGAUAUUCUUAUUGAAGAUUUGGUAAGAUUUGGGAUUGGUUUAGGAAUAUUUGAAGAUGUGAGAAUACAGGAAGCAAGAAAUAGAGCUCGUUCUAUCAUCAAUAAUCUCAAAGAAGCAUGUUUAUUAUUAACAAGCAAGUGGGAAGGCUGCAUCAAGAUGCAUGAUGUUGUUCGUGAUGUGGCCAAAUCAAUGACAUCUGAUAAGUAUUUUGUGAAAGCUGGUGGUGAAAAGCUUGAGGAAUGGCCCAAUAUUAAAAAUUUAGAACGUUACACUGCUAUCUCAAUUAUGCAAAAUCAAAUUCCCGAAUAUCCUGCUUCCUGGGAUUGCCCAAACCUAGAAACAUUGUUGUUAAGAGAUAACUCCAAUUUGCAAUUGCCUAUGCCAGAAGGAGUCCUCAAAGGGAUGAAAACCCUUAAAGUUUUUGCCAAUAUUUCUGCUAAUGGGAACUUGGAACUAGCAAUUGGUCAUCUCACAAAUCUUCGGACACUGAUUCUCCAAGAUUCUAUAGUGGGUGAUAUGAAUGCAUUGGGAGAACUACAGUUGCUAGAAAUUCUUAGUUUCAAAGGAAGUGGAUUUACAGAGCCUCCAAGUGCAAUAAGAAAGUUGACUAGUCUAAAGCUGUUGGAUUUAGAAAAUUGUUCCCAUCCUCCACACACGGAUUCUAUACUCCCUCUUAAUGUCAUAUCCAAGUUAUCCAAAGUGCAAGAGUUGUACAUGUGGUCUUCUAGAACAUCACAGUUUGAUGGUUUUGGUGUCUUUGAAUGGUUAAGUGAGUUGAAAUCCCUGCGUCACUUAACUGCAUUCACAAUUGUUAUAGACAAUUUUAAUCGCAUACCUGAAGGCUUCUAUUUCCCUGCUUUGAAGGUUUUUAAAAUGUCCAUAGGAGAAGGUGGUUUCUUAACUAAACAAAAUUAUUUGAAUCUUUGCGGUCCAAUCAAAGAUCCAACAAUGGUGGUUACCAAGUUAGGUUGCAUCAAGCCAUUAUUGCCAAGGACAAAUUAUCUCUCUCUAUCUUCAUUCAAAGAAUUAAGGAAUAUCUUUCCCCAUCUAUUGUCAGAUAGAGAUGGUUUACCUGUCUUGAGAUCUCUGGAUAUCAAAGACUGCUCCAAGCUAGAGUACUUGAUCAAUGCUGAAGAAUGGGACAUUCCUCCCACAACACAGCAGCGGGGAACUUGUUUGGUGGACCUAGAAAGAUUGUCAUUUUCAGGUUUGAGAGCCCUAAAAUUAUUAUGCAAAGGUGAGCUACCUUAUGAAAUGUCCUUGUCCAUGACGAAGCUCAAACAGUUGUUGUUUUAUGUGUGCCCAAAAUUGUCAAAUGUUUUUGCCUCGCUUAAUCCACAGCAACAAUUGAAGGAACUUGAAAUUCUCCAAGUGGGUUAUUGCCAUGCUCUAGAGUAUAUAUUUGAGAAGAAAGAAGAUGCACCCCCCCAAUUAAGAGAACUUAAGUUGGAGGGUUUGGUUAGACUAAAGCACAUAUAUAAGUGCUCUACUGAGCUACUUGACCUGCACAAUCUAGAGUUUCUACAGAUUAAAGAAUGCAACAGACUAAAAGUCAUCCUUCCUGCAUCUGCUGCUCGGGGACUUGGGAAACUGAAAGAACUGCAUCUGCAUAAUUGUUUUCAGUUGGAAGCUGUUCUUGGAAAACAUCAAGAAGGAGAAACCUAUGAGAAUUUGGUGUUCUCUCAACUGAGAGUACUUUCACUAUGUGACCUUCCCAACCUUACAGGUUUUUGCACGGAUUGUACCUUGACUUUCAAAUGGCCAUCCUUGGAAAAGGUGGAGGUGGCUCUCUGUCCGCAAAUGCAGAUGUUUGCUGCUGUUGUGGCUUCUGAUGGAGACUCGAGCACGGCAAAGUUGAAGAUGGUCAAGGUGGAUGGUGUUAACAUAAUGCUUGAUGGAACAGACAUAAACAGAGUCAUGCAAGAUCGCUACAAAGACAAGGGAAUUGCAGGUCCUAGUAACUGACUUAAAGCUGUGUGCAGGGAAUAGCAAAUAAAAGGGAGAGUGCUAGGUUAUUUCAAUUUUGAAGGCCAAACUCUCGCCUCAUGAAACCAGUGCUACAAAAGAGGCUCUUGGCAGCGUCUCUAAUUUAAGCAGCAUGAUAUCUGAUAAAGCUUUAGUUUAAUGAUAUUUGACUCAUUUCCACAACUACGAGGUCUGAGUUGGAGUCCCAAUCAUAGCCAAACAAAUAUUAGAAGAAUUAAGGAGCAUGAUAUGUAGCAUUAAAUAAAGGUCAUAUGUCUAUCAGAGACAGUGACUGGAUAUGUGCAGUUUGCUUUGUAAUCGAUUGUGUGCAGUGACCUAUUCUUAUUGUUGGUAUCUUUCCAUCAUUAUGUGAAGUUUCUUGAUAAUUUUCAUAAA